CGUAUUAAGUAGUCUAUUCGAAUAAAAUCUAAGAUUGAAUAAAAUUCCAUUACAUCGGUACAAGUUGCAUAUUUUUUUUAUUAUUUUCGAUUACUUAUUUUUAUACGGCUGCAAACAUGUUGAAAAUUCCGCAAAGAAACAAGCUUCCAUCAGCGCCACGCACGAUCAAAAUUGAACGGCCGGCCAUACGAAGGAAGCUGAACUUCAUUAAGACCGUCUACGUAAUGCCAAAGAAGCCGACCAGGUCGGAGGAAAUAGCCAAUGUAACAGCCGAGUUGAAUGAGCGUUUAGUCACCCUACAGGCUCGCGUCGCUGAAUGGAAGGCCCAGAGGGAAAUUACUAAUGAUUAAUAAAGCUUGUUAAAUACUCAUUUCAGGCGGAAAUGCACAACAAAUUAUAUUCAUUUUGCACGAAUUUAAAUCUGUUUUGCUUUGAUGUAUAUGGUCCAAAAGUUCAGAAUAUUACAUAACAAGAGCUGGCAUCGAUCGAUGGCUAUGCUUUAAAAU